AAAAUAAGCAAAUCCACAAUAAUGCUGUCUAGAAAAUCUUUUUUAUUCAACCCUUGUCUCUAUAGAUUUUGCUCAUUCCGAGAAGAGUAUGACACCUUUGGACCAAUCAAAGUCAAAAGCGACAGACUUUGGGGAGCUUAAACCUAAAGAUCAAUCUAAAACUUCGAUAUCUGCAGAGACACCGAUAAGAUGCCUCUCCCAGUCAUCAAAGCUUUUGGAAUACUCAAAAAAUCAGCAGCCAUCGUGAAUAAAAGAUAUGCACUCAAACCUGAAAUUUCUGAUGCCAUAGCCAAAGCCGCAGGUAACUUGCCUAUUCUAUUAUUAGAUGAGGUUAUUGCUGGAAAAUUGAAUGAUCACUUCCCAUUGGUCGUUUGGUAAACAGGUUCAGGCACUUAAUCAAAUAUGAAUGCCAAUGAAGUCAUUGCCAACAGAGCCAUCCAAAUCUUAGGAGGACAAAUUGGCGGUAAAUUAGUGCAUCCCAACGACCAUGUCAACAUGAGUCAAUCCUCCAAUGACACAUUCCCAACAGCCAUGCACAUUGCAACCGUCAUUCAAGUACCAAUUAUGUUUCUAAACACUAGACCAACUAAGUAUUGAUCCCAGGACUACAAACACUAUUGACAAGUCUUGAAAGAAAGGCUAAAGAAUUCGAAAAGAUCAUCAAGAUCGGCAGAACACACACUCAAGAUGCCACUCCUUUGACUUUGGGACAAGAAUUCAGUGGAUAUGCCCAAUAAGUGAGAAACAGCAUUGAAAGAGUUAAAACAGCCCUUCAUUAAGUUUAAUAUUUGGCUUAAGGAGGAACAGCUGUCGGAACUGGAAUCAACACAUAUGUAGGAUUUGCUGAAGCCAUUGCAGAUUAAGUCAGCAAAGAGACAGGAUAUGAAUUCAAAACUGCCCCCAAUAAAUUUGAAGCCUUGGCUUCACAUGAUGCCUUGGUAGAUUUCCAUGGAUCAUUGAAUGCUGUUGCUGUUUCCUUAAUGAAGGUAUUAACAAAUCCUAUAUUAGAUUGCCAAUGACAUUCGAUUCUUAGGUUCAGGCCCCAGAAGUGGUUUGGGAGAAUUGAUCUUACCAGAGAACGAACCAGGAUCAUCAAUUAUGCCAGGAAAAGUCAAUCCCACCUAAUGCGAAGCUUUGACAAUGGUCUGUGCUUAAGUCAUGGGAAAUCAAGUUGCUGUUACUGUAGGUGGUUCAAAUGGGUAAUAAUAUUCAAUAUCACAUUUAGACAUUUUGAAUUGAAUGUUUUUAAACCAGUUAUUAUCCACAAUGUACUCCAUUCAGUCAGACUCUUGGGAGAUGCUAGUGUGUCAUUCACUAAGAAUUGCGUCGAUGGAAUUCAAGCAAACACAAAAAAGAUUGAAGAGUUAAUGAAUUAAUCCUUAAUGCUUGUGACAGCUCUCAACCCAUAUAUUGGAUAUGAGAAGGCUGCCAAAAUUGCCAAACAUGCUCACAAACAUCAUUAAACUUUGUUGGAGGCUGCCUUAGAACUUAAAUUAUUAAAUGAGGAAUAAUUCAAACAAUGGGUUAAACCUGAAUCCAUGAUUGGCCCAUAAGAAUAUACACCCAAAAAAUGAUAUAAAUUAUAAAUUAAUAUACAUGAAAAAACAUUUAAAUCGGC